CUCCGACGAGCUCGCGACAGCCAGUUUUUUUAAAUAAUUUACACAAGUGCACGUUUGUUUCAAAAUGCUCCCGGCGCGAUCAAUUGUUUUGUUAUCGCUAUUUUCAAUAGCCAUCGCUUUUCCCGCUGACAAACCAGUACAUGGCUCAAUCACAGCACUUGUAGAUCAGAAUGUGGAAAAGAGUUCAAUUUAUUCGUCCUUUCCCUUAUUCAGUAUUUUCAAACCCAUAAUUGAAAUGUUCCCCAACUUCUCUGAUAUUGGACCUGAAAUAGAAGCUGGCAAGGAUUACACAAAUAUCAUCGUCAAAGUCAAGAAUUAUAAACUUGAAGAUCUGAGCGUGAAAAUUAAAGGCAAGUACAUAUAUCUACAAGGAAACCGGAAAACUGUCGAUGGCGAUCGUGAUUUAGCUAGUGAAUUUUUAUAUACAGCUACUUUGCCAAGCAAUGUUAAUACAAAUGAUGUAUUUGCGAAGUUGUACAGUGACGGUAUUUUAGUUGUUACUACACCCAAUGAGGGCAAGGAAGGAGUCUAUGAAGACAGAGCAGUUCCUAUAGUAGUACUUGAAGAACCAUUUGUGAAACCAGUCGAGAGCGUAAACGUGGUCCCUGCUGCUCCUGAAGAAAAAGUUCCCGAAGUCACCACUGUUCCGCCUACAGAAGCUGACGUCCCUGAGACGACUACACAGGCUGAGACGACUGCACCACCUCAGGAGGAGUCGUCAGAGCAACCUACCACUAGUAUCGUAGAAUCUACCACUAAUGUUCCAGAAGUAGAAGAAAAAGAAACGACAAAAGUUGAAGAGGUUGAAACUACGACCCCCUACAUUGAAGUCGUCACCCUCAACACUACCCCUUACGAACCGAACGAAAUCAGUGAUUUGGAACCGAUUAAUGUAACGUAUUAAUUUUAUGUUAGAGUAAUAAAUAAAUAAUUUUA